CAGAGGAGGAGUCUGUCUGACGUCACGAUGACACCACCGGAAGUGGUCAUCGUCAGCUGUUAGCAGGAGAAACACAUCAGCCUCCAGCGAUCAAAGCACAGGAUGUCUGCCUUCCCCAAAUCCCACAAUCCCUUCGCCGAUGAUGAUGACGAUGAAGAGGUCUCGAAGCCUCGGCGAGGCUUUAACUUUGACGACGAUCCGGAGGAGAGUUCUCUGAGUCCGGCGGAGAGACGGCAGAGACAGCUGCAGCAGGAAGUGAUGCGUACAGCGCAGUCGGCCGUGGACAGCAGCCACCGCUCGCUCGGACUCAUCUACGAAUCAGAGAAAGUCGGAGCCGAGACGGCGGAGGAGCUGAUUCGUCAGGGUGAGGCUUUGAAACGGACAGACAGGAUGAUUGACAACAUGGAGCAGGACAUGAGGACGAGCCAGAGGCACAUCAACACUAUUAAGAGUGUGUGGGGCGGCAUGGUCAACUACUUCAAAGGCAAACCUGAACCUCCCAAACCUGCUCAAAGGGAGCAGCCCGUGUGCUACGAGGCCAACAGCAGGUUACAGAACGCGCUUGUGGAGAGCAAACAGCAGGAAGACAAAUAUCAAGCCAGCCAUCCCAACCUCAGGAAACUGGACACAGCUGGAUUCGGAGCGUCUGCUUCGCUGGAUAACGGCCCGUCCGAUCAGAACGGGUAUCCCAAGAACAAACACCUGCGGGCCGCCCAUCAUCAGCUGGACAGUAACCUCGACGAGAUGUCGUUGGGUCUGGGGCGUCUGAAGAACCUGGGUCUGGGGCUGCAGGCCGAGAUCGAUGACCAGGACGUUUCUCUGGACUCUUUGCUCAAUAAGGUAGACACGAUGGACGGCAAGAUCGGCUCCACCAACCGGCAGCUCAAAAACCUCAAAUAGAGACUCCAAUAUCAUGAUGUCAUUUCCUGGAGGUGUGGCCGAGGUGAUCCAGAAACACCUGCUUGGAAACAUUUCUGGUGUUUGUUAUGCAUAUGAGAAAAGAUUAGGAGAGACACGGAGUGGUUUAUUGAGAAGUUAAGCCUUCAGUUAAUCGUCUAUGUGAAUCUCUUGAUUGUGCAUAAGCUUAGAGAUGAAAAUGUUCCCUGUUAGAGACUUCAGCCAUUUCAGUCCAUGCUUUCCGAAUCACUAAUACCUUGCACUCCUUAACUGAACACAACUGUAAUAUGAACUAGUUUAGAAAUGAUAUUCCCAUGCCUUCAUCAAACACUCGAUGUUUUCUAUGUUUAAAGCACAUUAAUGGAGUAUUGUGUAUACAGCUUAUAAGAAACAUGUUGAGCUGCCUUAAAGUUCAUUGAUUUCAGAUGUCGACUGAUUCCUUGCAUUUCACUACAGUCUACAGAUGAGUCACUAUUGUGAAUGCAACCCACAAAAUAUCCACUUAACUAAGGACGAAUUUAUUUUAUUUUUCUUUUGUGCUUUGGGUGGCUUUGUAUGAAAUACCAGACUGGAAAUCUGUGAAUGUUUCACUAUUGUUUCUGCAUCUGUAAAUCAAAUGUUGUACUCCUAUUAAAGCUGACUUAUGUGAACAAAUAAAA